GGAUUGACAGAUCCCCUUUGAAGCCGCCCAUGGCACAACUGGAGAAAUCAGCCUCCUGUUGAGCAAAUCCAACAACUGCAAGCUGGUCACGCUAUCAAAAAUUGGUGACUGAAUGGUGACGACACAAACAAUUUGCUUUAAAACUUUCUUGCGGCCGUAAAAAUGCGCAAGCACUCUGGCAGCGCAACGUAAUUGGAACAAAUGUUUGCUGAACCACAACCGCCCACUCAAUGUAAGCGCCAACGUCUUUUCCACCGCCGCCGCCGUCGUCGUCGCCGCCGGAAUAUUUUGUUUACAAUUUUGCUUACACAAGUGCAAUCGUCGUAGCACUACAUUUUGGAGUAAGAAGUACAAGUAAUACUUUGCGCCGUAUCAGAGGGUCGACGGAAGAAAGAAGAGAAAGUACGGUGAAUUUCCGGCAAGAUGUUGGCCCACUCCGCCCAUGUUAUGACGCUGGCCAACAGCAUCAUUGGCGUCGGCAUCCUGGCCAUGCCGUUCUGCUUCCAAAAGUGCGGCAUCCUGCUAUCCAUCGUUCUUCUUGUGCUGAGCAAUGGAAUCACACGGGUUUGCUGUCACUAUCUUAUUAAAACUUCGCUGCUGACACGUAGAAGGAGUUUCGAGAUGCUCGGUCUCCAUGCUUUCGGUACUUCCGGAAAGCUGCUGGUGGAGCUGUGCAUCAUUGGGUACCUGAUCGGAACGUGCAUCACGUAUUUUGUGGUCGUGGGCGAUCUGGGUCCGCAGAUAAUCGCCAAGAUAUUCGCCCUAGAUGUGGCGGAUCACCUGCACCUGCGGAGUUUGGUCAUGGUCGUGGUCACUGUGGUGUGCAUAGUGCCCCUUGGCAUGCUCCGCAAUGUAGACAGUUUGUCCGCCGUAUGCACCGCUUCCAUAGGCUUCUAUGUCUGCUUAAUUCUCAAGAUCGUGCUGGAGGCCAAGCCUCACAUUACGGCUAACGAUUGGACGGAAAAGGUGCUUUACUGGGAACCGGCGGGCGUGCUCCAAUGCCUGCCCAUCUUUAGCAUGGCUCUCUCCUGUCAAAUGCAACUGUUUGAGGUCUUUGAGAGCAUUAACAAUCAAAGUCUAGACAAGCUGAACGGCAUCGUCCGUAACGCCACUUGGAUCUGUACCUUUGUUUACAUAUCUGUUGGAUUUUUCGGAUAUGUGGCGUUUUGUACGCACACGUUUUCGGGCAACAUUCUGGUGAAUUUAUCGACCUCCUUUGGUAGCGAUAUCAUUAAAAUUGGCUUUGUGCUGUCGAUUGCAUUUAGUUUCCCGUUGGUAAUCUUUCCCUGUAGAGCCAGUCUCUAUUCGCUGCUAUACAGAAAGGGUCACACGGAAAGCAGUAGCUACAUACCUGAACAACGCUUUCGAUUCAUCACUAUCUUCAUCGUUGUCUUUUCGUUAUGCGUGGCAUUGGUUAUUCCCUCCGUGGAGCUUAUAAUUGGCUUGGUGGGCUCCACUAUUGGCGUUGCUAUUUGCAUAAUGUUUCCAGCAUCCAGUUUUCGAAAGAUCAUCAAAAAGGAAUCAAUGGAACGCACGCUUGCUCAGUUUGUAUUUGUAAGUGGAUUUCUCUUAAUGAUCCUUGGAACAUAUGCCAACCUAAGUGCAAUUGAUGAAAAGAGCUCGGGCCCAGAGUUUGAUAUGGUUGCCAUAGGCACCCCUCUAUAUCUCGAUGGUCAAGUGCCCGCUGUCGUCGGCGAGCUACCAAAACAUUUGGCCAAAGAUUCCAUUGAAAGCGAAAAAAACCUAUUGUUAAAGAAACUGGAUGUCCAAAAUCCAGAAAAAAUAAAGGAAAGCAUAGAAGAUAAAAUUGUUGAUAUGCCAAAGGCAGUGCAAACAGCUUCCUCCGACAACCCACCGUUGCCGCCACUGCCCAUCGAUGAAGUCCAUGUAGUUCCCCUAGAUAGUAAAGAUUCUGAAACUGAUCUUAAAAAACUACCAGUAAAAGCAGUUGAAGUAAACCCACCAGAAGCCGAACCACUCGAUGUCAACCUUACCGUGGACAAGCCCAGGGAGAAUCCAGCUGCUGUUGUUGGAUCGCUAGCAGAAGAACCAAAAAUAGGAUCAAAUCUGUUAUCAGCAAGCAAUACAAUUGAUGGAGCAGCCAUCAAGAAGGAGGAGGAAGUGGCCGCAGAGGAGCAAAAGGAGAGUAAGGCUAAUGCAGAUGAACUUAUCAAAACCCAAAAGGAAUUAAAAGAAACCAAAAAAUUAUUGGAAAAAACCGUUGGCGAGCUAAAUGAAGAGUUGGCCAAACAAAAUUCAUUUAACCAGCCACCUUUGGAGUUACAGAAAGAUAAGCCUUUGGAUGCAGACGCUAAAGUAGCCGAGGAACCAAAGAAGGCUGAAAUUGUGCUCAAGGAGUCGCAGCCAGUUGCUGAGGAAAAGACGGAAAAAAGGCGCCAGGCAUCAUUAAUGGACAUACUCACAGAAAAUGCUCAUUUGCGCGAUGAGAAAGAGGCCCAUGCCGGGGAUUUUGAACCACUCUCCUACAAAACCGGAGAGUUACUCAGGAAUUCGAGCUUAGAUACAGACGCGCUGGUCAAACGAUUGCCCAUUCCACUGGCCCUAAUGGUGAAUGCUACUCAGCCAAAGGCUUCAAAUGACUCGGAGAUUAAGAAACCCAACCUUGAAGACAACGUAGAGGCCAUUCGCCGGGAGCUGCUCAACCUGCGAAGUCCAGGGGAUGCGACCGAGCAGCCACCGGCAAGGGUAAAACGUGAAGCCUCUAACGACGAGAACUGCCUACGCCAGCCGAAGCUGGAUGAAGUGAAUAAUAAUGUGGCUGCAGCUGCCUUGAGCUUGAACAUGGAAAGUAUUGGCCGUGAUCUCAAAUCCAUCAAAGAUGAUGACGUCGAGAUAGUUACUGAAAACGAAUUCUACCAAGCGAGUCCAAAUGGAACCCAAACUCCGCAGCAGACGUAAUGAGGAUAGUGUACAACUAUGCAAAGCUUUAUGUAUAUAAUCUUUACACGUAUUUAUUUAGUUUAUAAGAAGUUUCUUAUAAGACUUAUAUAGACUAGAAGUAUAUACAAAUUAUAUACAGUUCAUAUGA